ACAAAUUAACCAAAAUGCUUCGUCACAAAUUUCUUCAAUUUGCUUUUCUUCACCUCAUUUCUGUAAUCUCAGCCGCUCAAAUCAACUUCUCGGACAUAUUGUACGAUGUUUCUCCCUUCAUAAUCGUCUACAAAAACGGUACAGUUAGCAGAUUACUCGGCACCGCCGUCGUCCCGCCGUCGCCCAAUCCGGCGGCUGCUGCCGGAGUCCGAUCGAAGGACAUUCGUAUCGAUCCGCGCCGCAACAUCGCCGCCAGGCUGUUCCUGCCGGAAACCGCCGCGGCAGGCGGCAAGAAGCUGCCCCUUCUAGUCUACUUCCACGGCGGCGCAUUUGUCACUGAGUCCGCAUUUUCCCCGACGUACCACAACUACCUCAGCUCCGUCGCCCGCGAAGCCAAUAUUGUCGUUGUCUCGGUAAAUUACCGAUUAGCCCCCGAGAAUCCGCUCCCGAUCGGGUAUGACGAUUCGUGGCGGGCCCUCGAAUGGGCCUUCGGCAAAGGGGGCCGGGCCGAGCCGUGGCUGCGAGAUCAUGUGGAUUUUAAUAAAGUUUACAUUGGCGGGGAUAGCGCGGGCGGCAAUAUUGCACACAACAUGGCUAUUCGGGCCGGGCUGGAUAAAACGGGCCGGGUUUCCAUAGCAGGGAUGUUCUUGAACUGCCCCCAUUUUUGGGGGAAUAAGCCAAUUGGGGAGAGAGGAGAUGAGUUUAGGGUUGAAUUAAUGAAGAAAAUAUGGUUAGUUGCGUACCCGAAUUCGCCAAACGGGUUCGACAACCCGGAUUCGAACCCGGGCUUGGAUCCGAAUCUUUCAAAGCUCGGUUGCAAGAGAGUGUUGGUAUAUGUUGCGGAAAAAGAUGUUCUAAGGGCUCGAGGAUUGUAUUAUGUGAAAAAAUUGAGAGCGAGCGGGUGGAAAGGGGACGCGAGAGUUGUCGACGUGAAAGGGGAAGGGCACGUGUUCAAUUUAUUGGCUCCGAACACGACCAAGGCGAAGGCGAUGAUGGAUGACGUGGCGUCGUUUUUUAACGGUGGCCACGCGCUAUAAGCGCCCUGAUAAAUGUGCGCUAUUUUGAUAUUUUUAUUGGGUCACUAUGGUGCUGAUUUUACUGGAUCAGCAUAUAUCAUAUGAGUGGCCAACAUAUAUUUAUACAUAUCUCUACAUAUGUUGCGCUAUAGGAUAAUAUAUGGUGACUUAUAAUAUAAUAUAUAUUAUAUUAUAAAUAUGUUGAAAUAUGUUAUAUAUGCUCGUGAAUCUUAUAACAUAUGCUGAUCCGGUCAAAUCAGCAACGUGCUGACUUGACUUGAUGGGAUCAGAAGUUGAUUCAUGUCCUUUUGAUUGUA